UGGAGCGGAAAUGAACUAUGCGCACGCGCAUUGCUCAAUGUUGGUUGGUGUUGUAUGCAUCGACUACAUUUGAAAACAAUGAAGCCCAUAUAUUUUCUUUCGAAAUAACGGGUCGGUGAGAUACCCACCCUUUUACAGCGUGUGGAUACUGGCGUAGUGAACGGAGGUCGCAUAGGGUACUAACGUUAAUUUGCCAAACUAGCGGCAAAUUGGGUCCGAGGAUAUUAUCAAACUGGCCUUAAUCCGAGGACAACUGGCCUUCCCAACUGUGUAAAAGAUGUCGGACUCAGACAGUGAUGAAGACCAAGACCGCCCCUUCUCUCUCACUGGCUUUCUCUUCGGGAACAUCAAUGAAGAUGGUCAGCUGGAGGGAGACAGUGUGCUGGACACUGAGUCCAAGAAGCACCUGGCUGGCCUGGGCUCUCUGGGCCUGGGCAACCUCAUCACAGAGAUCACAGCCAGUGAGGAGGACGAUCCUGACGAGGAUGGAGACACAGGUGGCACAAAUGCAGAGGGAUGGGUGAAGAACGAUGCCGAUGCAGUUGAUUAUUCUGACAUCAACGAGGUGGCUGAAGAUGAGACUAAGAAGUAUCGUCAGGCCAUGGGCAGCCUGCAGCCUACCAGGAGAACAGAUGAUGAGGAUGACUAUGAUGCGGAUUGUGAGGAUAUUGAUGCCAAGCUUAUGCCCCCUCCACCUCCUCCAAGUCUCCCCACGCCUGGUGGCAAGAAAGAGGAUUCCUCUCCUACGGCUGCAAGUGUUGGGGAUGAAGGAGACGGGAUCAUCCUGCCCUCCAUCAUUGCUCCCUCCUCUCUAGUAGACAAAGUGGACUUCAGCAGCUCCUCAGAUUCUGAGUCAGAGACGGACCGCCCCUCCACAGGCUCUGGGUCUGGGGGUCCUCCAACCUGCCUCAGCCUGCCCCUGGCUGGCAUCAUGCAGAAGGAUGCUGCCAAAGCCCUGCCUGGCGUCACACAGCUCUUCCCAGAGUUCAGGCCUGGAAGGGUGCUGCGGUUCCUUCGACUGUUUGGCCCUGGGAAGAACAUGCCGUCGGUGUGGCGGAGUGCACGACGAAAGAGAAAGAGGAAGCACCGCGACCCCCAGCCAGAGACACCCCCACCAGAGGGCGCUGAGCCCAUGGAGCAGCAGGGACCAGAGAAGAAGUCUGGCUGGGACUAUGAAUACGCCCCACCUCCACCCCCAGAACAGUGCCUGUCUGAUGAUGAGAUCACAAUGAUGGCCCCAGUAGAGUCCAAGUUCUCUCAGACCGCUGGAGACGGGGACAAGGUGACAGAGUCCAGGCCUAAGGUGGCAGAGUGGCGCUAUGGUCCGGCCCAGCUCUGGUACGACAUGAUGGGGGUCCCUGAGGAUGGAAGUGGUUUCCACUAUGGCUUCAAACUGAAGGAGGAGGAAGAUGAGCAGGAGAAGCAGGAGAGGCCAGAACCACCACCACCAUUUUCACAACCUCCCAAAGAGGAGGGAAGUGGUGACGAAAAGGAUGAACAGGCCCUGGAGAACGAGCUCUUUCUGAUGGUCACCCAGCUUCAGUGGGAGGACGACAUCAUCUGGAAUGGAGAGGACGUGAAACACAAAGGCACUAAGACCCAGCGAGCCAGUCUGGCAGGGUGGCUGCCUUCCAGCAUGACGCGUAAUGCCAAUGCCUACAACGCACAGCAGGGUCUGUGUAGGAGUAACUCUCAGCUGGUGCCCCCCACUCCUCCACCCAUGCCCAAAGCCCCCUCCAUCGGCUCUGGCUCCAAGAGAGACAAACACCACCAUGACCAUUAUGCCUCUCAUGAAGAUGACGCCCCCUGGUUCUCCAUCUUCCCCAUUGACAAUGAGGAGCUGGUGUACGGGCGCUGGGAAGACAACAUCAUCUGGGACGACCAGGCCAUGGACCGCAUGCUCUCACCCCCUGUCCUCACCCUGGACCCCAAUGAUGAGAACAUAAUUUUAGAAAUCCCAGAUGAGAAGGAGUCUGAGCGUACGUCCCACUCCCCGUCCAAGGAGAACAAGAAGGAGUCGGCACUGAAGAAGAGUCGCAUCCUGCUGGGGAAGACUGGGGUCAUAAAGGAGGAGCCUCAACAGAACAUGUCCCAGCCUGAGGUGAAGGACCCAUGGAACCUGUCCAACGAUGAGUUCUAUUACCCCAAGCAGCAGGGCCUGAGGGGCACCUUCGGUGGCAACAUCAUUCAGCACUCCAUCUCUGCAGUUGAGCUGAGGCAGCCGUUCUUCCCUACUCACAUGGGACCCAUGAAGCUGCGUGGGUUCCACCGACCCUCUCUGAAGAAGUACUCGUUCGGGACGUUGUCCCAGCCAGGUCCCCACGCAGCACAGCCCCUACUCAAACAGAUCAAGAAGAAGGCCAAGAUGCGAGAGCAGGAACGCCAGGCUUCUGGUGGCGGUGACAUGUUCUUCAUGCGGACAGCUCAGGACCUGACAGGGAAAGACGGAGACCUGAUUCUGGCAGAGUACAGCGAGGAAUACCCUCCGCUCAUCAUGCAAGUCGGCAUGGCAACCAAGAUCAAGAACUACUACAAGAGAAAACCAGGCAAGGACCCUGGAGCUCCAGACUGUAAGUACGGAGAGACGGUGUACUGCCACACCUCUCCCUUUCUGGGCUCCCUGCACCCCGGGCAGCUGCUCCCGGCUUUUGAGAACAACCUUUUCCGCGCCCCCAUCUACCUCCACAAGAUGCCAGAGACAGAUUUCCUGGUGCUGCGUACACGGCAGGGCUACUUCAUCAGAGAGCUGGUGGACAUCUUUGUGGUUGGACAGCAGUGUCCGCUCUAUGAGGUCCCUGGACCCAACUCCAAACGAGCCAACACCCAUAUCAGAGACUUCCUGCAGGUGUUUAUCUAUCGACUGUUCUGGAAGAGUAAAGAUCGCCCUAGGAGAAUCCGCAUGGAGGACAUAAAGAAAGCCUUCCCCUCACAUUCAGAAAGCAGCAUCCGCAAACGCCUAAAACUCUGUGCUGACUUCAAGCGUACAGGGAUGGACUCUAACUGGUGGGUGCUGAAGCCUGACUUCAGGCUGCCUACUGAGGAGGAGAUCAGGGCCAUGGUGUCUCCAGAGCAGUGUUGUGCCUACUACAGCAUGCUGGUGGCAGAGCAGAGACUGAAGGAUGCUGGAUAUGGUGAAAAGUCCUUCUUUGCUCCAGAGGAAGAGAACGAGGAAGACUUCCAGAUGAAGAUUGAUGAUGAGGUCCGCACAGCCCCUUGGAACACGACUCGAGCCUUCAUCGCUGCCAUGAAGGGGAAGUGUCUGCUGGAGGUCAUGGGGGUGGCCGACCCCACAGGUUGUGGAGAGGGAUUCUCCUACGUCAAAGUGCCCAACAAGCCCACUCAACAAAAGGCCCAGGAUGACCGGGAGCCACAACCCGCUAAGAAGACUGUGACAGGGACAGACGCUGAUCUGAGAAGACUGUCACUAAAAAACGCCAAGCAGCUGCUGCGCAAGUUUGGUGUUCCAGAGGAGGAGAUAAAGAAGCUGUCUCGUUGGGAGGUGAUUGACGUGGUGAGGACCAUGUCUACAGAGCAGGCACGCUCUGGCGAGGGGCCCAUGAGCAAAUUUGCCCGCGGGUCCCGCUUCUCUGUAGCCGAACACCAGGAGCGCUACAAGGAGGAGUGCCAGAGGAUCUUUGACUUGCAAAACAAAGUAUUAGAGUCCACAGAGGUCCUGUCCACAGACACAGACAGCAGCUCAGCGGAGGACAGUGACUUUGAGGAGAUGGGGAAGAACAUUGAGAACAUGCUGCAGAACAAGAAGACCAGCUCCCAACUGUCCAGAGAGAGGGAGGAGCAGGAAAGGAAGGAGCUGCAGAGGAUGCUGAUGGGAGAGGAGAGUGACCACAAGGGACGCAAAGCACGCAAGGGCUUCUCUAGUGCUUUGUCCACGGGCUCCCAUAAAGAUGACGACACGUCCUCGGUCACCAGCCUGAACUCGUCCGCUACGGGACGGCGCCUCAAAAUCUACCGCACCUUCAGAGACGAGGACGGCAAGGAGUAUGUCCGCUGUGAGACUGUCCGCAAACCCUCCGUCAUAGACGCCUACACCAGAAUCAGAACCACCAAGGACGACGACUUCAUAAAGAAGUUUGCGCUGUUUGACGAGCAACAUAGAGAGGAGAUGAGGAAGGAGCGCCGGCGGAUCCAGGAGCAGCUGAGGAGGCUGAAGAGGAACCAGGAGAAGGACAGGUUCAAGAGCCCCCCUGAGAAGAAGGCCAAGAAGAUCAAGGAGAGGCCAGACCUCAAGGUAAAACUGAAGUGCGGAGCUUGCGGUGCCAUCGGGCACAUGCGAACCAACAAGUUCUGCCCACUGUACUACCAGACCAAUGCUCCGCCCUCCAACCCGGUUGCCAUGACGGAGGAGCAGGAGGAGGAGCUGGAGAAGACUGUCAUCCACAAUGACAACGAGGAACUCAUUAAAGUGGAGGGAACCAAGAUCGUCCUGGGCAAGCAGCUCAUCGAGAGUGCUGAUGAGGUGCGCAGGAAGUCCCUGGUGCUGAAGUUCCCCAAACAGCAGCUUCCCCCCAAGAAGAAGAGACGUGUUGGGAACAAUGUACACUGUGACUACCUAAAUAGGCCCCACAAAUCCAUCCACCGCAGACGCACUGACCCCAUGGUCACCCUGUCCUCAGUCCUGGAGAGUAUUAUCAACGACAUGCGGGAUCACCCCAAUACAUACCCCUUCCACACACCAGUCAAUGCCAAGGUGGUGAAGGACUACUAUAAGAUCAUCCCUCGUCCCAUGGAUCUGCAGACGCUACGGGAGAAUGUGCGCAAGCGUGUGUACCCCUCCCGGGAAGAGUUCAGAGAGAACGUGGAGCUCAUUGUCAAGAACAGUGCGACAUACAAUGGUGCCAAGCAUCCAAUAACCCAGGUGGCUCAGACUAUGCUGGACCUUUGUGAUGAGAAACUGAAAGAGAAGGAAGACAGGCUGGUGAGACUGGAGAAAGCCAUUAACCCCCUGCUGGACGAUGAUGACCAGGUGGCCUUUUCCUUCAUCCUGGACAACAUCGUCACUCAGAAGAUGAUGGCCGUGCCUGACUCUUGGCCGUUCCACCAUCCAGUCAACAAGAAGUUUGUUCCAGAUUAUUACAAAGUGAUAGUCCAACCCAUGGACCUAGAGAAUGUCCGCAAGAACAUAUCCAAACACAAGUACCAGAACCGGGAUGUGUUCCUGUUUGAUGUCAGCCUGGUCCACACCAACAGUGUCAAGUACAACGGACCAGACAGCCCUUACACCAAUACGGCCCUGGAGAUAGUCAACGUAUGCAAGCAGACCCUGGCAGAGUAUGAUGAGCACCUGACCCAGCUGGAGAAGGACAUCUCCACAGCUAAAGAGGCAGCUCUGGAUGCAGCAGACCUGGAUAGCCUGGACCCCAUGACUCCUGGAACCUACACACCACAGGGUCGUCAUAGAAGGCUAGGAGAGGAGGAGUCGGACGUGGACAUCGAGGGCUUCGAGGAGGAGGAUGACGACGGGAAGCCCAAGACACCAGCUCCUGCAGAGGAUGGCGAGGGAGACCUGGAGGAUGAGGAGGAUGAAGAGGAGAUGCUGCUGCUGCCGCCCCGCAGAAGGCUGCAGGGCCAUGAGGAUGAUGAUUAUGACGAGGAUGAAGGCUCCAGUCGGCCAGCCCAGGCCAGCGUGCUGUACCAGGACCUGCUCAUGUCAGACGGAGAGGAUGACGCCAGCGAAGAGGAGGGAGACAACCCGUUCUCCUCUAUCCACCUGUCAGAGAGUGGCAGUGACUCAGACAGAGAGGUCGAGGUGCGUCCCCCGCCCCCUCCCAGACCCCACCAUGAGACGGCCCGCAUGGGCCUGGAGCAGGACGAGAGCAUGAUGUCAUACGGGGAAGAGUUGCCGGAUGAGACCCACCUGGAGGACAGUAAUGUCAGUUAUGGGAGUUAUGAGGGUCAGACCCACACCCAGACCUCCAGCAUGGGCAAUGGAGAGGGCUACGGCAUAAGUGAGGAAGAGGAGGAAGAGGCAGCUCGGAGGAGAGGUCCCAGUGUGUUGUCCCAGGUGCAGCUGAGUGAGGAUGAGGAGGACAGCGAAGAGUUCAGGUCCAUUGGGGGAGAAAGUGACUUAGACUCAGACAACUAGAAGUGUUCCUGCAUACAUAUAUACACACACACACACACACACACACACACACACACACACACACACACGCAGACACAAAUGCUCUUACAACCAUAAACACAGACAGAGAGAGCCACACCUAUACACAGGAAUAGAUGAUCUCAGGCUCAGUAAAUGAAUACACCCUGAAGUUGCAGGCUGAAUUACAUUCACGUACUGUCAUAACUUUAUCUGGUGUCAGUCAAUCCCUCAGUGUUAGACUUUGUUUGCUGCCCAGUCAUUAACACACCGAUAACGUCUCUACAAUUAAACUUCUCUGUGAGAUAAAUAUUGUACAAAAUAUUAAAUCAAUUGAAAGUGAGCUCUUCUAUUAUGGCAGGAUUACAUUGUAGUUGAUGCUUUUAGUCCAUGUUUUCUACUGGUUAUGCUUUUUUCAAUGUACCAACACGUGUAUGUAUGUAUGUAUGUAUGUAUGUAUGUAUGUGUGUAUAUAUAUACUUUUUUUUUUUUUUUUUUUUUUACAAUGAUUUACCUUGAAUAGCAUUUUAUUUCAUGGUUGUGCAAAAGUUUGAUUGUUGAAUAUUUGAAUAGUCAACUUUAACCAUUGUCUGUUAGCAGUGCCAGGUCUCAUCCUAACCUUGUGUCUGUGAGACAGAGUUGAGUGCUUGCAUGAUACUCUUAUUCCCCAUUAACUAUUAUGAUUGCAGCCUGGAUGUUCAGGCAUUUGAGAUGUUUCCUAACAAUUAGGAAACUCUCAAACUUUUAAGGAGAUCCUAAAUAAAUGCUGUAAAACCAGAUAUGAUGCCUUCAUCUUUUCAUGACUAAAUGUUAACAGUAUCUUAAAGUUGUCAUGCAUGUCUUGCUUAUCAAAAUAAGGGAAUAUUAGGGA